AUGGCCGGUCCCGAACCCACCAGCACCGUCCCCGCUACGCCCCGCCGGCUCCUCCUAGUCAGCAUCCCUCGAACAGCCUCAAAUCUUCUCCUGAAAAUCCUCAAUAUCCCCAAGCAGCCCAAUCUCCUCACCAGCCAAAAAGGCGGCUACUUUUUCUACCCAGCAUUCUCCCGAGUUGCCGCCUCAGACAAGAAUUACUUAAACAAAACGAGCAUUGAGGAAUGGACCGACGAUGAUAAACUUGAAAUAAAGAACUCCUUCCAGGAGUGUUUCAACACACUGGAGGAGUUCUCCACGCAAGCCGACAAUGCCAAUAAAAUGAUGUUCGCAAAGGAGCACGCAUACUGGCUCUACCCUCCCGCCGCCCUCCUCAAGGCCCAAACAGGCAUCCACGACGAAGAAUUCUUCCAGGCUUUCCGCCUAGACAUGCCAGAGAAAUACGGUCCCCAGACAUACUCCCGGUUCAACGAGACGCUUCUUUCGGACGAGUACCUGCGCUCGUGGCAGAUGGCUUUCAUCAUCAGACACCCAGCACUGGCCUGGCCAUCCCUAUACAGGGCCAUGGUAAAAGUCGCUCAAACCGGUAUGCUGGACGAAGACGGUAUAAAGGGUGCUUCGUUUUCGAACAUGGAUAUGCAUUGGACGCGGUUGAUGUAUGAUUGGUGUAUGGAGCAGCCUGAUACACCUGUCCAACCACCCGUUAUCGACGCCCAUGAUUUAAUCCAUAACCCCGAGGUUGUGUUGAAGUUGUGUGAGCGGACUGGAUUAGACAAGAGCGUUGUGCAAUUUGAGUGGGCGGGUAAGGAUGAAGUCAAGAAGUCGGCUCAGUGGGAUAAUGGUGAUCCGAAUGCUAGUGCUCAGGAAUUUGAGAUGAAUGUGGGUGCUGCUAAAAUUAUGCUUGCUACGUUGGAGAAUUCUUCGGGUAUUGUUAAGGAUAAGGCGCCGGAGGUUAUUGAUAUCGACGCUGAGGCGAUCAAGUGGAAGGAGGAGUUUGGGGAGGAGACUGGGGGGCUUUUAGAAGUAUAUGUUCGGAAGUCGAUGCCUGAUUAUGAGUAUCUGAAGGCGAGACGGAUUACUGUUUGA